AAUCACGAUCACUUGCAGCCGGCGGGUGUCGCAGUGAAAAACAACAUUCAUCAUACAUCCGUGAUUCACUCCGACUCGAGCAACAAAACUAUUUACGUCGUACUUAAAACUACGACGUGAUCGGAAAAUCGCAUCUCCAGCCUCAUUCCAUUGCAAAAUCUUGUAACAUCGGCGCCCGAAAUCCACUGUGCAAGGAUUCAAAACAAUAAGAAAAGAACCUAUAAAACUUAUCCGAAAGGACAUACAGCUUACAAGUAGUCACCGGUCGAGAUGGUUUCCUCUCUGUGCUACCUGAUAUUUCCUGUCAUCCUUGUCAUCGGUCUUCUGCGAAAAUGCCGCGAGUCCUCCUGGGGCAAGUGUCAGAGUCGGACUCCGUUGCAGGGACGCGUUUUCCUUGUCACUGGGGCAAACUCUGGGAUAGGUAAGGAGACCGUUAGAGAGCUCGCACGGAGGAAAGCAAGGAUUAUUAUGGCCUGUCGAGACCUUCACAGCGCCAGGAAUGCUAUCGCAGAUAUUCGCAAGGAUAUAAUUACUGGUGAACUGAUACCCAUGGAGUUAGACUUGGCGUCGUUCGCUUCUAUCAGACACUUUGCUUUCGAAGUAUUGAAAACAUUUCCAGAGAUUCAUGUGCUGAUAAACAAUGCUGGGGUUUACGCACCUAUCAAGGAUCGCUGCGUCACCAAAGAGGGUUUCGAAAUUCACUUUGGCGUUAAUCACUUGGGACAUUUCCUGCUCACAAAUCUACUUCUCGAUAGGCUGAAGGAGAGUUCACUUAGCAGAAUCGUCGUGUUGACUUCAAAGCUGUUGGAAUCGGGUCAGAUUGAUUUCUCUAAUUUGAAUGGAGAAAAGGGUCUACCGAUAAAAGGGCGAAUGAACCCAGCUUAUAACAAUUCAAAAUUAGCAAACGUCUACUUUGCGACUGACCUUGCAAAGCGAUUGGAAGGUACCGGGGUCCAGGUUUAUUCCGUAUGCCCAGGAUUCACGUACACCGGACUCUUUAGAAGUGUUAAACGAAGUUGGUUCCAUUACAUACUGUUCUCUCCAGUUGCCCUGAUGUUCCUUCGUACAGCAAAUCAGGGUGCCCAAACCGUGCUUCAUUGUGCUACUGAAGAAGUUCUGGACAAUGAAAGUGGACAUAUUUACCGUGACUGUAAAAUUUAUAAGCCAAAAAACACACUUGAUUCAGAGGUUGCAGAUCAGUUGUGGAGAGUGAGCAGUGAACUGACUGGUAUUACAGAGAAGGAAUCCAUGUAAACCAACUGUUGCGUUUGCAUCACAAUUGGAAUCUGAAGUUUUACUUUGAACUUGCGUAAAUAUUUUUAAUGACAGAAACUAAUCUACUAACUGUAAUUAAGACUUAAGUUUUAGAAAGCUUUGACCCUCCUAACUGCCGGUGCAACGGUGAAAGAAUUUUCUCUUGAGAUUCUUUACUGACUGAUGUAAGUGAUCUCACUGCAGAAUUGUACUCUAAAUUUAUUUUUAAAUAAUAGGUUUAAGAAGAUAAUCUCAGCCGUAAGCAAACACGCGUGCAACCAUCAAAUAUUCAAUGAACUCUGUUUAAUUAUUCGAUAAUUUCUAGCCGAUAUUUGCACCAAUUUAAGUGGAGUAAAAAAUGCAUGCAGUAAUCGAUCCCUAGAAGAUAUUUCUUAGCUCCGUUCAUUAAUAAUUCUAUUUCAACGACUACUUUUCAGUUAUAGUUUAUAAAAAUCAUUCAAGGUUAAAAAGUAAGCAAUAAAACAUUCUCUAAUAAACUAA